UGACAGACUGCAAAAAUGGCGGAUAAAAAAAUGAUUCACGGUUGGAAUUUUAUUCAAAACUUGAAGUAAUAAUGAAUGGACGACCAAUGAUGAACAACACGUCGUUAUUGAGACUGAGACUUCUAAAACUAAAAGAAAAUAAAGAGACUUUUACGAAGGAGAAACGAAUGGACUUCAUGUAUUUACAGUACGGCACAGGAGUGGCCAGAGCCGAAAGCAGCGAUUCAGCUCAGAUUUCAUCUCAACUGGCGGGGAGAAAGACCGAGAGAGAUAGAGAGGGGCUGUCGGUGUCCCUCCUCCCAAAUCCAGAAAAGCUUACCAAGGAAAAAAGGAGGAGUGUCGGGGCUGAGACAGACGCGAGGGAACCGGAGGAAUUUCCGAGGAUAUUUUCGCUUCUUCUUCUUCUUCUUCCUCUUGAUAUCAAAAUCUAAAAGUUGGAGGGGCGGCAGCUGGGACCGUGUUCAAGGAUGGACGAGCAGCCGCGACUGAUGCACUCUCACGGGGUAGGCAUGGCCGGACACCCCGGCCUGGCGCAGCAUAUGCAGGAUGGCACGGCGGGGACGGACGGAGAGGGGAGAAAGCAGGACAUCGGAGACAUAUUACAGCAGAUCAUGACCAUCACAGACCAAAGCUUAGACGAGGCGCAGGCGAGGAAACAUGCACUCAACUGCCACAGAAUGAAACCUGCUCUCUUCAACGUGUUGUGUGAAAUUAAGGAGAAGACAGUGCUCAGUAUCCGUGGCGCGCAGGAGGAGGAGCCUCCAGAUCCCCAGCUGAUGAGACUGGACAACAUGCUGCUGGCAGAGGGCGUGGCUGGGCCGGAGAAGGGCGGCGGGUCCGCCGCUGCGGCAGCUGCCGCCGCCGCCACGGGUGGGGUUGGUGCCGACAACUCAGCCGAACACUCCGACUAUCGGGCCAAGCUGUCUCAGAUCCGACAAAUCUACCACACAGAGCUGGAGAAAUACGAACAGGCGUGCAAUGAGUUCACCACCCAUGUGAUGAACCUGCUGAGGGAGCAGUCUCGAACACGACCCAUCUCGCCCAAAGAGAUCGAGCGCAUGGUCAGCAUCAUCCACCGCAAGUUCAGCUCCAUCCAGAUGCAGCUGAAGCAGAGCACCUGCGAGGCCGUCAUGAUCCUGCGCUCACGCUUCCUCGAUGCCAGACGAAAGAGGAGGAACUUCAACAAACAAGCAACAGAGAUCCUAAACGAGUACUUUUACUCUCACCUCAGUAACCCGUAUCCCAGCGAAGAGGCCAAAGAAGAGCUGGCCAAGAAAUGUGGCAUCACUGUGUCACAGGUAUCAAACUGGUUUGGGAACAAGAGAAUCCGAUACAAGAAAAACAUAGGCAAGUUUCAGGAAGAGGCCAACAUGUAUGCGGCAAGGACCGCAGUCAAUGCAACCAGUGUGUCGGCUCACGGCAGCCAGGCCAACUCCCCAUCAACUCCCAAUUCAGCAGGUUCUGCUGGCUCUUUUAACAUGUCAAACUCCGGAGACUUGUUCAUGAGUGUGCAGUCCCUCAAUGGGGACUCAUACCAAGGGGGGCAGGUUGGGGCCAACAUACAAUCCCAGGUGGAUACCCUUCGCCAUGUUAUCAGCCAGACCGGCGGAUACAGUGACAGCCUCGCAGCCAGCCAGAUGUACAGUCCACAGGGCAUCAACGUAAGACCUACAAACGGUGGCUGGCAAGAUGCUCCGACUCCUUCAUCAGUGACAUCGCCCACAGAAGGACCCGGGAGCGUUCAUUCAGAUACUUCCAAUUGAAUAUGUACAUCUCUACUCCUUAUCCACAGAAAACAAAGAAAAAAAACAAAGAAAAAAAAAGACGGACUGAUGUUGCAUUUAAAGGAAUUCACUGCUCUACAGUUUGGCGAAGUCCUGUGAAAUCCUAACCAGAAAAAUGAAAUUCUCUGCUUCUAAAGUCGGACUUUUGGGACACAAAUGAGAAGUUUCGCAGCAAAAAGUCGAAAUAAAUUGCAAAUAUUCAAAAGUUUGUACAGAUUUCACAUUAUAAUCAGAGGGCUGGGGUUACUUAUUCACUCAUUACGAUGAUGUAAAACGAAUAAAGUCAUUGGUUUUAACUGAAAAUACUUCAUUCUACCUCUCAGCCACUAAGAAGAGUAGAAAAAAUUGUCAGUGACCAUUAUUUGUUUUUUGUAAAAAAUUGAACUUUUGUCUUUGCAAGCAAGAGGCACAUCUUCUUACUUACAUUUUGUUGUCUCUCACCUAUUCUAUGGUACGCCAUUUAGACUUAAAUAUUGCUCAGUUGUUUACAAUGUGUGCUUGAUAAAAGUAUGUCCAUCUUCCCCCCCAUGUCUCCGACGAGUCAAAACUGAGUUCUGUUUGGAGAUUUUACCUCUAAGGUAACCCUGUGAAGUAUGUUAUCUGUAAAACAAUAAAUAAAUACUUGUCAUCAAAUAAGACAAGCUUGACAUCAUUCAUUAAGAGGCAGGAGGAGUCGUUCUACAUAAUGUUCCUUUCUUCCUUUAAGGCAGUUAGAGGAAAAAGCUGAUUCACUGACAUUGUUUUUGUCAAACUGUGGAGAGGUUUUCUUCAUUAGGAGGACUGUGACGGUGCCAAAACGCUCUUGCAACCAAAACGACAAUGUCUCAUUUAGUCAAAAAAUUGAUCCUCCUGAUUAGGGUCACCGCUGGACACAGUCUUAAGGGGCAAGUUAGAGUCUUUAUUUAAAAAAAAACAAACAUUUUUUAAUUUCUUUACUCUCCCCUGUGAGCUUCUUUUGCAAAGAAGCGAUCAAGAAAUUCUGUUUGACAGAAAAGAAAUAUUUCCGUCAGUAGUCAAGGAUGUCUGUAAUUGAGUUUCCAACAUAUAAAAGCCACAAUUCACGUAAACAGGAAAGUCAUUACGGUAAUUGAGUCUCACUCGCUCACACAGAGGAUCCUCGAUCCUGAACCUGCAGCAGGUCGAGCGGCGAGCGGAGCGGGAUCCGCCGUCAGCCCCUUCCAGCAGACGACGCUUCGUAUCUGAGCAUCGGUCCGCAUAAACGGAGGUUUGAACCCGGAUCUUCAUGAACAAAAUGUAACCGCAGCGCUUACGACUGGACAAGAUUUUUCUUUUUUUUUUCUUUUUGUGAAAUGAAUUGAUGUGCAGUCCGACCUUGUUUAUAGUUCUUUUUUUUCCACAUUGUGGUUCAAUUGUUUUUGUGUUAUUUUUAUUUUGAAUGCGUAAUGUAUGCUACUUUUUUUCUUGUUGUUUAUUUUUUUUUUCCCGCUGUUCUUGUGAAUUUGCUCCUGAGCUUUUAACAUGUGUUUUGUGCACCCUUGUGCUUCACUUGCUUUGUUGGAAAGAUUUCUCGACAUAUUAAAAUUAUAUAUAAUACA